GAGAGCCGCUGGACCUUUAUUCGACGUCGUACGUUGAUAAACCGGUCGUACUGAUGUCAGAAUAUAAUGAAACGUUUCUCGUCACACAGUGUCGGGUAUUGACGGUACUUAGUCGCGGUUUGCGCCUGGACUAGUGAACUCGCGUCUGAUAAUAAUGUACGUAAAAUAAACGCGAGUGCACAAACUUAGUUAUAGUUACAAUAGUCAGAAGGUCUGAUCGUAUAGUCCGUAUAAUUAACGCUUUGAACUUAGUAUUUUGUGGUUUUCCUCAAACUGUGAUUACGAUGACUUCGAGAUUUUUUGUUUUAUUCGCUGCAUGCUUAGCCAUGACAGCUUCAGCAAACAUGUCCCUGGACCCUCAAGCCAUUCAAGAGGUGUUUGGCAGGAAUGGUUACGCACCACCACCACCACCAUCACCUCAACAAGCUGUUCCAGUGACUCCUGCACCACCUAAACAGGUGGUGGCAGUGACUCCUGCACCACCUGCCCCACCACCAGACGACGUCUUCAGCCCAGUGCCCGCUGAUUAUGACCAAUUUGAUUGGACGUUGACUAAGCGAGUGGCAGCAGGAUCAGACAAGAAUUUCCUCUUGUCUCCUCUGGGUCUGAAGUUGGCGCUGGCCAUCCUUACGGAAGCAGCUACAGGAGUCACCCAGAAUGAGCUCUCAUCCGUCCUGGGAUUCGACCUUGACAGAAACCUAGUCAGAUCAAAGUUCUCCACUAUUAUUGAGUCUCUACAGAAAGAGUCACCAUACUACAUUCUAAACUUAGGCAGCAGGAUCUACGUCGGUGACAAUACGCAUCCGCGACAGAGGUUCGCAGCCAUUGCGGAGGAGUUUUACAAGACUGAGCUGAAGAAUGUCAACUUCAACAACCCGGCCGUUGCCUCCAAAGAGAUCAACUCCUGGGUUUCGAAUAUUACACAGGGACACAUACCCUCGCUGGUGAACGAAGAUGACGUAGCCAACAUGGUGGUGCUGGUGCUGAACACCCUCUACUUCAAGGGUAGCUGGUAUCAUCAGUUCCCUCCCAACGCCACCCAUUUUGGAAAAUUCAACGUCUCACCGCGCCUUGUGUCGUACGUCGAUUAUAUGAACGUCAACGCCAAAUUUUUCUACACCGAGUCUACUAAAUACGAUGCUAAGAUCUUAAGGAUGCCUUAUUUGGGUAACAAAUACGCCAUGUACAUCAUAGUGCCCAACUCACUGCUGGGUCUGCCACGAGUACUGAACGACAUCGGUGGUCUUCGCCAAGAGCUGGACAAUCUUAGGGAGUACACCGUUGACGUCACUCUGCCCAGGUUCCAGUUUGACCAAACUUCGCAGUUAGAUGGCAUUUUGAGAGAGUUGGGAAUAAGAGCAGCUUUCGAGGACACGGCUUCCUUCCCAGGCAUUGCGCGCGGUCAGGAUAUGGACCAACGACUCAAAGUAUCGAAGGUGCUGCAGCGGGCUGGUAUUGUAGUUAAUGAGCUCGGCAGUGUUGCAUACUCUGCUACAGAAAUAUCGCUGGUGAACAAAUUCGGUGAGGAUACUGAAGCUACUGCAGAGGUUGUAGCUGACAAACCAUUCCUGUUCUUCAUCCAAGAUGAAGCCACCCGGCAGUUGCUCUUCACUGGUCGUGUUUCUGAACCACAUGGUCAAGAUGGAGUCCUUAAAGUAUUUCUAAUCUUCGCUUCCAUCCAAAGUUUAGACUGCCUCACUGGUGCUUCUAAUUCACGCUUAAACUAUUUUGACAUCGACCUCCUUCGAUAUGUCGCUGAAGGCAAGAGUGGGAACGUGAUGGUGUCUCCAGCCAGUAUCAAGUCCACAUUGGCGAUGUUACUGGAAGGUGCCCAGGGAGCAACGGCUGCAGAGAUACAGACUGCACUAAGACUGAUACCUAAUAAGGAAGAUUAUAGAGAACAGUUGAGUGAUUUCAUGAGGGAUUUAGAGAUAAACUCAUCAAGUGUGGCGGUAAACAAUGCGAAUGGACUGUUCGUGUCAAAGCAAUUGCAGCUGAAGAAAGAAUACGAGAUGUUAGCGAAACGUGUGUACUUCUCUGAAGUAAAUAAAUUAGAUUUCAAUGACCCGCGCACUGCUGCCGAUGUGAUCAAUGGUUGGGUCAACAGCAAAACUAAGGGCUUGAUACCAGCUAUUUUAGAUCAAGCUCACAUCAAUCCUAAGACAGAAUUGUUGUUGACAAACGCCCUCUACUUCAAGGGUACCUGGCUCAACGAGUUUGACCUCAAGCAAACCCAUGGAGACUGUUUCUAUAGGAAUAGUGUUUGUAAGACAGUCGCCAUGAUGAAUUUGGAAGCAGAAUUAAACUAUGCCUAUGUGGAUAACCUCAGAGCUCAUGCUUUGGAGCUGCCUUAUCAGAAUAAGCGUUAUUCAAUGAUGAUCCUCGUGCCUCAAGAUCGUGAUGCUGGACUGGCACUCAUCCGCGACCUUCCCUACAUCGGAUUGCUGCAAAUAUCCAAGAUAUUGAUGCCCACUGACGUCGUACUCACGAUGCCUAAAUUUACUGUUGAGUAUGGUGAAGAUAUGGUGGCACCUUUGAAGAAUAUGGGCAUAUCAACCCUGUUUUCUCCUGCUGCAAACCUGUCAGGUAUCGUUAAUGGCGCAGAAGUUCAUUUGAACACCAUCUUCCACAAGGUCUACAUGGCUGUUGAUGAAAAGGGAACUACCGCUGCAGCAGCAACUGCCGGACUAGUGGUACCUCUGAUCAAUAAUUUUGUACAACUUCGUGUUGAUCGACCGUUCCUCUUCUUCAUUUGGGACAAUGAAAAAGGUGUCGUCCUUUUUGAGGGAAAGAUUGAAGAGCCCACGGAGUUUGUUGCUCUGAAUAAUAAAUAUGGUCAGCCUCAAAACUCACCUGUUCCCGUUCCCGCUCCCGCUCCCGCUCCCGUUCCCGCUCCCACUCCCGUUCCCGCUCCCGCUCCCGUUUCCGCUCCCGUUCCCGUUCCAAGCCAGCUUAUUCCAAAUGCUCCCCCAAAGACCAACCAGCCGAAUUUAAAACCAAUCGAACAAAUUCUAAUCCAGCCAAUGAUAGAUCAACUCAUGUAUAGCCAGCCUCCUCAGCCAUCAAACCAACCGAUUCAACCAGCAAACCUACCGAUCCAACCAGUAAAUCCGCCAAGUCAGCUAUCAAGUCAUCCAACACAGCCUACGAGUCAACCGACUACCGAACAUUCCACGACGACAUACAAUCCCCCGUCAAGGAAAACUCAGACAAACUGGUUCCAAAAAGUUUCCAGUUAUUUUGGUUGAUUAGUCAUUUAAUUAGUUUGAGUACUAUAAGGUAAUUUUAAGUUUGUAUUAUUUUGACAUAACUUCGAAUUAUAAACGAAAUUACUAUAAUAAAUAUCUAUUAUUGUA